UCGUUGUGAACAGGAAGGAACAGGGAGUAAGCAAAUAUGAAGAAUAAGAAAGAUAAAGCUAAAAAAUCAGCACCGAAACAAGAAAAGUCCUUGACCCUAAGAUACUUUGUCUUCAUAGUACUAUCUGUACUCCCCGUUGCUGCAGCAUACUGUGUGUUCUACUUUUUUGCCACUCCACCACCUAUGCCAGAGGUGGACCUCAAGACUUGGUGGGGUCCGUACCCCAUCAGUCAGAAACCUGAUGUCUCCAUCAGACCUUUCAAAAUUGAGUUUUCCGAUGUGAUAGUGAACGACUUAAGAGAGCGUCUGCUCCACCGGCGUCCCUUCACCCCUCCCCUCGAAGACGCUGGCUUUACCUACGGCUUCAACUCUCACUUCCUGACGCGCGUGCUGGACUUCUGGCAGAACAAGUACGACUUCAAGCAGCGGGAGCAGUUCCUCAACCAGUACAGGCAGUUUAGGACCAACAUACAGGGCUUGGACAUGCAUUAUGUGCAUGUGAAGCCGAAGGUUGAUGGGGAUUUGAAGUCAGUGGCAGUGCCACUAGUUCUGCUACACGGCUGGCCGGGCUCAAUCCGAGAGUUCUACGAGAUGAUACCUAAGCUGACCACGCCGCGAGCUCAGCACGAGUUCGUGUUCGAGCUGAUCAUACCCAGCCUGCCGGGCUUCGGCUUCUCACAGGGCGCCUCUAGAGCCGGGCUGGGCCCAACAGAAAUCGCCGUGGUACUCCACAACCUGAUGCAACGUAUAGGCGUACCCAAGUACUACAUCCAGGGCGGAGACGCGGGCCACGCUAUAGGCUCGCACAUGGCAACACUGUUCCCAGAGAACGUACUCGGUUUUCAUACAAACUUCCCCGUACUUACCUUCAACCCGUACGCGCAUCUUUUUGCCUUUUUGGGUCAAUUCUGGCCCCGCCUCGUGGUGGAGCCCGAGCUACAAAGCCGGAUGUACCCGUGGGGCGAGAAGACCAAACAUCUCAUCGAGGAGUCCGGCUACAUGCACAUCCAGGCGACGAAACCGGACACUAUUGGCACAGCACUGACGGACUCCCCGGCAGGCCUAGCCGCGUACAUCCUCGAGAAGUUGUCGACAUGGACCGACCCGGCCUUCAGGAGAGCUGGCGACGGCAACCUGCUCUCCAAGUUCUCGUUGACAACCCUGCUCGACAACGUCAUGAUCUACUGGGCUUCCAACAGCAUCACCACUUCCCUGCGACUGUAUGCUGAGACAUUUGCUACGAAGCAGCUAAAUCUGAGGCUAGACGAGGUUCCAACGGAAGUACCGACAUGGGGCAUCAAGUUCAAACACGAGCUGGUGUUCCACCCGGACCAGUUCCUGAGGCUGAAGUACAAGAACUACCUGCACAGCACCGUGGUAGAAGCCGGUGGUCACUUCGCCGCCUUAGAACACCCUCAUAUCUUGGCUGAUGAUAUUUUUGAGGCUGUGGAGGCGUUCCGCCAUUUCCAUGCGAGGAAUAACCCAGAACAAAAGCCGAAGACAAUCUACGACUUUUCAGUAAAAGACAUCAACGGCAAUACCGUGAAACUUGACAAAUACAAGGGAUACGUUUUAAUCAUCGUCAACGUGGCAUCCCAGUGUGGCUACACCGACAACCACUAUAAAGAACUCAACGAGCUAUACGACAAGUACGCAGAGAGGGGUCUUCGUAUACUGGCCUUCCCUUGCAACCAGUUCGGCGGCCAAGAACCAGGGAGUCUUAAAGAUAUCCUAACCUUUGCCAAAAACAAAGGUGCUAAGUUCGAUUUGUUUGAAAAAGUAGAGGUUAACGGAGACAACGCUCAUCCGCUAUGGAUUUUUUUGAAAGAAACGCUAAGUGGGACGCUAACUAAUGCUAUAAAAUGGAACUUUUCUAAGUUCAUUGUGGAUAGGAACGGGGUGCCUGUAGAACGGUUUGGACCGAGCACUAGUCCGUUGGAACUGGAAACGUAUUUGGCUAAGUAUUGGUGAUGGGUUUUGCCGCUUGAACGGUUACGGGC